UCAGGCUAAACUUUACAACACGCGACCUGCAAGGCUGUUGGGCCCACUAGAAAAAAGUACCUCUUACCUUCCUAGGCACCUAGGAAGUAGGGUGAGAGGUUCCUGUCCAAGCACCAUGAGCCAGUACCUCACUUUGCAGCCUGGUUUUUGCCUCCAAUAGCUUCCUAUACAUGCCGCCUUUUACCUGUGAAUCCUCGUGUGUCUAUUUUUGCCUUGAACCCCCGACAAUAAGCCUCGAUACUCUGCUCAGACGAAGGACCUCUUUCCCACCAGUUGUCGCCACUCAAGAUAUCCAGCAAAGCGCCCAAACCGUCAUUACCUAGCCAGAUAAUCCGCUAACGGAUAACGAAAAACACUGACAAACGAUUCCGAACAUGCCGGAAAUCAGCGCUCCGCCGCCGCGGCCGAAACUGAAGCUCAGCGUAGGCUCGCGACAACCCUCGUUUAGCGAACAGAACGGCGCGACGCCAUCGGCGUCGACUCCGUCCUCAUCCAUGAAGAUUAAGCUGAAGUCAUCACAACCGCCGACACCAGCUGGGCCCGCGGCGCCUACCCCCUCCAAGACGAAAGCUGGACGACAGCCCAAGCCUACAAGCAAGCUCAUCGAGUCCAAGAAGCGGGAACAGGACGACGACGAUGAUGAUGGAGGUGGAGGCCAGCCGUCGAAGAAGAUUAAGCUCUUGAAAACUCCAACUGUGUCGACGCCUAGAACCGGCCAUAUUGUCGUCAAGUCAAAAGGCAAACCGCCUGUACACCCGCCUGGCGAUGGUUACGACUCCGAGGCUAGCGACCAAGAGAAGGAUCCUACGAUCGAGGAGCAGUUCAUCUUGCGCAUGAUGCCCGGUGAACACUGCGAAUACGUCAGGAAAUGUAUUGAGGAAGGGAAGGUCGGUGUCCCUAGGAAGGACGGCGGCGCAGACAUCCUGAUGAAGUUCUUCGAAGAGGAGAGCCGGCGCGCCAUGGUGGUGGUGAAGGGGCAGCCCUACGCCGCGGUCAUGGUGGAAUUGCCCACGAUCACCGAGGGCAUGAAGUCUUGGGACCGAAAGACCUUGAUGAAGUCUGCCGACAUUUGCCACAUGCUCCUGGUUUUCCAGCAAGUAAGGAGCGAAGAGGAAGCAAAGAAGGCGCCGUUGCCCGCAAUAAUCCAGCAUGGCUUCAAGUGGCCCCACGGUCUAACGCCACCCAUGCACGACGCUACGAACCAAAGAUUCGCCAAGAUUAUCAGUCGCUCGGAGAUCGAGCUGAAGGAAAACGAGGUUAAGAAGCUCCUGCAGGCCGACGCGGCCGCAUUGUCCUCCAAAUACGAACUUGUCGACGACCGAAAGAUGCAGUCUGGUGAUGAAUAUUCCGAUGACGAGCAAGACGCUGACGGUGAGGCGGACGACAGCGGCUAUUUCCCGGCUGAUGGCUACAACGAUGGCGAACUCGAUGAGCACGAUGAUGAUCUGGAGGCCGAGCUUAUGGCUGCUUUCGAGGAAGAGGCGAUGAACCAGGCUACGACAGAAGUUGGCACGCCAGCAACACAACUUGAGGCUGCUACACCCAUGACCAUGAACACGGGUACACCCGCACACAAUGCUCAGGAUAGUGGUGACGGCGAGGGGUCAGUCGCGAGCGAGGAGGACGAAGACGACGACGAUGACGACGACGAUGACGACGACAAGGAGCGGCUGGACGAGGUCAAGGCAGUGCGAGAGGACAUUACGCAGCUGAAGAACGAGAUCGCGAAGAAGGAACAAGAGAAGUCGAGCCAGACCAACAAAAUUCUGAGGAACCGUGUCGAGGCUCGCCUGAAGGAUCUAAGAGCAGAGCUAUCACUCAAGCAGGCGUCUAUCGGAGAACAGGAGGAGGAUGAAGAUUAACAGCGGGCGUAUGUAUGAUGCGGGACCCUGAAAGAGCAAGCAGUACCGAAACGCUCAGCUGGGAUUUGGACGUCCGCCAAAGGCCACACCAUGCACAUUUUUCACGGUUGUGUACAUUUAUCAAGUUCAAGCAUACAAGCUUUAAUAACUGAAGCCAAGG